AUUCACUCCGUCUAAGUUUAAUCAUCUGAUGCAGAUGCACGGGAAUAAGAAUAUAUCAUGUGCGACUAGGACUACUAGUACUCGAGACUUAUUCUUAUAGAUACCAACAUGGAUGCCAGUCGACCGCGGACCGCCAUCGCGAAAUCUACAUCCUGGUGGAGCAUUUUAAUUUUUUGAGUAGAUUCGGUUGAGUGAAAUUUGAAGUCGAUCUUUCGAGAUCAUAGGCAUGUCUCAGAAUUGUGAGCCAUGGUCAAUAUGUCGGAUCCCAGCGUCUGUGGUCUCCCUCCCUACUGGAGGCCGAUGAGCCUUGCUCACUUGCAGCAUCUCUUUCAAAAUCGCAUCGACGCGGACCCUCGUCAGGGACAAGAAUUUACGAAAGGUCCAGUGCGUAAUUCAAGUUCAAGUUCUUCUACUGCAGCUUCCUCUCCACCUUCGUCUGCUUCGGUGUCAACAGCAAGCCUCGAGAGCAUCCUGGCCACUUUGCGCACUGAAUCCUCAAGUCCCUCUUCAAGCCUGGCGUUGGAUGAAAGUUGUAGAAGCCUACAGAAUCCGGAACAGCAGACCGCGCCAGAGCAGCUUCACUUUCUCAACCAAAACAUGGCCAUUUGCCUUCAAUGGUUGCGCGAUAAAAGGUAUUUGACGAAGCCAGUUUGUUCGUCUGAGUAUAAGCAAGUUGCAGUGGGAGCAAAUAAAAACAAAAACGAUGGUGCUGACGAGGACAAUUCCAAGAAUGUCGUCACCCUGACACUCCAUCCGCCAGUUUACACGUGCGACCAAGCGUCCAAGCUGUCGCCUCAUCUGGGACCUAAUACUGCGGAAAUGAAGAAUCUGUUUUUGCGGGACAAGAAGAAGAAGCUCUUUCUCCUCUCCGCCGUGGUUAGCACGAAAGUUGAGUUAAAAGCCUUGAAAUUAUCUGGACAAGCUAGUGGAGGCCUGGGCUUCGCUUCGACGGAACAGCUCGGACAAGCUCUAAACCUGAUCCCGGGUAGCGUCACACCUCUGGCGCUCUUGUUCAACAAUUUCCAGAAAGUCAGUGAAGACCUUAAAAUAGGAGGUCGCACUCAAACGUCGUGGCCUCACAUUCCGUCUGCAGACAGAGCAUCAAUAGCCGCACGAGAAAGGAUACCUUCAUCCGACAAGAAUAGAGAUUUGAACUCAGGAGCCCCGAUGCCGACAGCACCAGUGCAGUAUCACGUUGAUUCUAAUAUUUAUAACUUUGAUCGCGUGGCCUUUCACCCCUGUGCGUGCAACGCGACAAUUGCACUCCCUGUCCCUCUAUUCCUACGCUUCAUCGAAGAGGUGACGGGCUCUCCCCCAAAUGUUAUUACACUGUGAAAAAACAUGUCUGACUUGGUUGUAUCGACAACAUCGUGUUCGGGAC